CACAAGGUUUUUUUACUCUUUCAUUCCACGUUAUCUUUCUUCAGCUACACCUUUUUUCUUUUCCACACACACAGUACUUUUUACUCCGUUAGUUUUCUAUUCACCUACGCCCUAUACAGUCCCCUCCUACUUCUUCCUUGUUUUUUCUCUUACAACUCAUCAGCCAUGACCAAAAUUGCACUUACGUUUGCCGCUAUCGCUGCUGCCACGGUCUGCGCGCAGCAGCUCCCCCCGGGUUUCUCCUUUGAUAUCCUUACCCAGCUUCCAGUUCCGCCCCAGCAAGCCCCAGCACCCACACAGGCGCCAGCGCCCAUUGACCCGAACAACCCCAUCACCCAGCCCGCACCCCUGAAACCAGCCUCCGCGCCCCAGCCCGCCUCUAUCCCUGCCGGCCUCGAGGGUCUCCUUGCCAUUAACAGCGCAACAUUGCCACCAAGCAUUUCCACAAUUGAAUUAGGCACACCUACCUCCAGCGCCCUGCCCACAAUUUUGGUCUCUUCGCCCCUACCUAAGCCCAGCGGCACCAGUGGUACGUCCCCGCAUAUCUCCAGACAUUCUGGCAGCUAUAGUGAGGAGCUCAGCGACGAAAGUGACGUUGGGUUGGACGGGGCAUCAGAUGGAAACCGUAAGUCGAAGGUGUCUUCUGGUGCCGCUAGUUUUGGAAUUUCCGCCUCGGCGUUUGCUGUGGUUGCCAUUGUUGGCUCGCUGUUCUAGCAUGUAAUACUUUUUUUUUAGUUUCAAGUACUAUCAAUCAUUACCUAGUGCCUUGUC